AACCAAUGUUGUCAACCAAUAAAAAAAUAGCAAAUGGACAUCUAAUAUAAAUGCAAUUGUUAUAAAUUUAAUUGCAAACAAAAAUUAUCCAAGGAAGCUGCACUCUCAAAUAGUAGUUUUUUACAAGGCAGGAAUUGACAAUGAGUCGAAUGCAUAAUAUAACCUAAUCUUUGAUGUUUCUGACAUCUAUUAUAGCUUUAUAAUUUAUUUUGAAAAAGUUUAACAGACCAAAAUGGAUACCUUGGCGUUUGGAACUCAACGAUUAGUACAUUUAGACUUAAAAGGUGCACCUCCCAAAAUAAGUUAUUUGGAAAAGUUCCUUCCGUUUAUUAAAGAAAUCGGUGCUACAGGAAUUCUUUUAGAAUGGGAGGACACUUUUCCCUUUACUCGAGAAUUGCUUCCUAUUGGUGGUCUGUCACACAGUGCUCAAGCCAGUGGGGCACCUUACACAUUGGAAGAAGCAAAACAUUUACUAGAAUUAGCUGCUGACUGUGACCUAAGAGUGAUUCCAUUAUUACAAACAUUUGGGCAUUUAGAGUAUGUUUUAAAACAUGAACAGUGGCGUGGUUUAAGAGAAGUUGAAUCAUAUCCAAGUUCAAUUUGUCCCAGUAAUGGUGAGACAAUGCCAUUAAUACGAAGCAUGAUUAAACAAAUUGUUGCUUUCCAUAACAACAUUCAAUAUUUGCAUAUUGGAGCUGACGAGGUGUGGCAUUUAGGAUUAUGUUCUGUUUGUGCAAAAAGAGCUCAAACAAAUAAACAUGGGAAAUCUGGAUUAUACUUGGAGCAUGUAGUAGAUGUGGUGCAAUAUAUUAAGGACAACUACCCUAAUUUAAAAGUUAUCAUCUGGGACGAUAUGCUUAGAAACAUCGAUCUCAAUGUUUUACAAGACUACUACAUAGGAAAUCUUGUUGAACCAAUGGUAUGGCAUUAUAACGCUUCUGACACGUUUCAUUUGGGAGGCGAAUUAUGGGAAAAGUAUAGUAACAUAUUCAGUAACAUCUGGGCCGCUAGUGCUUUUAAGGGGGCAACAAGUAGCUGUCAAAUUCUCCCGAUAAAUAAACAUCAUGUCAGCAAUCACGAUGCUUGGUUGUCUGAGAUAUCAAAUCAUGGAAGUAAAAUUGUUAAUUUCAGGGGGCUUGCAUUCACUGGGUGGUCAAGGUUUGACCACUAUGCCACUCUGUGCGAGCUGUUGCCAUGUUCUAUUCCGUCCCUCUGUUUAUGUCUAAAGACUUGGUUGAAUGGCGGUUUUAACACAAACAUUCACAGUUCUGUAGAAAAAAUGUUAGGGUACACAGACAUUCCUUUACAUAUGGAUGUCCCUAUUCGUCCUUGUCCUGUUGCUCCCGGUUUGAAUUUUCCAGGGUGGGAAAUAUUUCUUGGUUUUGAAUGGUUUGCUAACAUUCGAGCAAAGUACAAAAACGCAAUCGAUAGUGACCAAGUAAAUACUUGGUUCAAUCAAUGGCAAGUAUUAAAUAAUUACACGAAUCCUAUGCAGCUUGAAAGUAUUCUGCCAGUAUUAACUGACUUACAUAUUGAAAUAACGUCCUUAGAGAACUAUAUGAAGGACCAUUUGGAACAGUAUUUCUUCACUCACACAAUAGAAGAAUUGGUUGGAACAUUAAUUAUACCAAUGAAGCAACACCUUCGACAACUAAAGUGUGAAUGUGAAACACAGUUAUCCAUAGGCUGUAGAAUUAGAGGUCAUAAGAGAUUCAACUUGUAAAAACUAUUAGUGGCCACAUUUAAUUGUCCUAUAUAAUUAUUGUGAUAUUACAAUUUAUUUUUUUAUAAAAAAUCAGAAAUAAAAAUGAUAAAUAAAUAGCACUUUUCUAA